AUGGGCUCUGAGGGCGAACUAGGGUUAGCGGGUGCUCAAGGGACCUCGCCGACUGCUGAAGAGGAUGCGACCAUGUCAGACAUCGGAGAGAAGGACAGACCACCGGGGGAUCCUCCGGAUGGGGGGAGUGUGUGGAUCCAGAAGGUUACAGGUAGUGGUGCGGGAGGAAGGCUGUACCCUCAACGGGUGAUGGAUGCGGAGUUUGUGGAAGAGAGGAUGCGUUUAGAGUUUCCGGAUGGAGAGAAUGGUGAACCAAUGAUUACGAUCGGGGCAGAAGUGUUGGAACGGAUGCAUGGGCUGUGGAAGAGAUGUAUCAUCGUCAAGGUGCUGGGGAGGCACGUUCAGAUCGCUGGGCUCACGAGGAAACUUAAGGAACUGUGGAAACCUAAAGGGUCUAUGCAUGUGAUUGAUUUGCCGAGGCAAUUCUUCAUGGUUCGUUUCGAACUCGAAGAAGAAUACUUAGCAGCGUUGUCAGGGGGUCCAUGGAGAGUAUUUGGUAGCUACCUUAUGGUGCAAGCUUGGUCGCCGGAGUUUGACCCAUUAACGGAUGAAAUCGUGACUACACCUGUCUGGGUGCGUUUGGCUGACAUCCCAGUCACAUUUUAUCAUGAAGCCAUUUUGAUGGGGAUAGGACGUGGAUUGGGACAUCCAGUUCGGGUGGAUUCGAAUACGUUGUUGUUUGCAAGAGGUCGUUUCGCUCGGGUGUGUGUCGAAGUUGACCUAUCUAAGCCACUCAAGGGUACAGUUCAGGUUAAUGGUGAGAGAUAUUAUGUAGCCUAUGAAGGGUUAACUAAUAUUUGUUCGAAGUGCGGGGUUUACGGCCAUUUGGUACACACAUGUCCUCGUGUGGUUCGAGAGACGGCCACGGUGGCGGCUACCAAGCCAGUGACUGUAAUUUCUCGGGAGGUACCGGUGGAUAAGGAGGGUUUUCAGGAGGUGAGGAGACGGGGGCGCAAACCGCCAACGCAGACGGAGAAGGGUGCGAGCACGGCGGCUGGUGCGCAAGAUAGGUCUAAGAAUAUUCUCAAGGAGAUUUCACCGAAUAUUCCCAUAACUAACAGAUUUGGAGAUUUGGGCGAAGAUAUGAUUGAGGAUGAGAUAAGGGAAGUGGUGAAUAAUCAGGAGAAGAAUAAGGAAAUUGUUGGGGUGGAGAAUCCGAGGGGGAAGAGUGCGAGUCAAGGAACGAUUGGGGAAGGCCUACCAGUUUUUUCCGCAGGCCCAUUAGGAGACCGUGAGACUGGUACAGCUAGGAGACAAAAUGGGAUUAAGCCUGUGAGACCAGUUAAGACCAAUAACCGUAAUGAGAAAACAGGCCCACGAUUUUCAAGCAACAAAAACCAGAAGCCCACUCGGGGAUUGGUUUUCGGACCAACACGAGGUGAGGUUGAACUCUCAGGAUUAGGCAAACGGCUUCGAGUGGAGUUGGUUGAAGCAGGUCGACCUGGAGGAGUGAUUGGGACGAACGGAUACAGCGAGAAUAUGGUUGCAGGAUCUAGCCUGAACACUGAGGUGGUGAUGAAUCAGGUAAUGGUGGAUGGCGAAUUGAAACAGAUGGAAGAAGAGGAGCAGAUACCUCCACCGGAGAGGGUGGAGUCAGGGACUGCCAGUUAA